AUGCUGCCCACCGUAGUGAAGGCUGACAAGAGUGGCCUCGCAGGAUUGCAACAUGGAGAUUUCAGCGCACACCACCCAUGCCUCCACCUUUGGGUCACAUCAAAUCCCAACACCGAAGACCACAUGAAUCCUUCACGAAACGGUACCAACGACCCCACCCCCGAGACACAAAAUCUCAACACAUGUGACUUUGGUCAACAUGAUAUCAAUCAACACCGACAUUAA